CUUGCCGACCCUCUCCACGUCCUGAGGGGCCCAAAAGACACACUUUGUCCAAAACUCCCGACACAACAAGACGCUUCGAGUCGCGUACGCGGUGCGCACGUGCAGGGCGCCGCCAGCUUUUGACGCACAACAACAACAACAAUGGCGGUUUUCAGUCAUUUCACUGCCGGUUGCAGGAAGAACUUCCAGGUGGAGCGGAUCAACACGCAGCUCAGGGUUUUGCACAAGUCGGCAUUCGGGAUCCCGUCGGCCACGGACGAGGACGGCGCGCCCCGCAACGUCCUGGCGGCGGCGGCUCAGGUCGCUGCAGCGGACAAAAGCGCGAAGAGCUUGAAGGAGAUGCCGGGACCCAGCACCGCCUCCAACCUGCUGGAGUUCUUCUGGAGGGACGGUUUCAGUCGGAUCCAUCAAAUCCAGAUGGAACACAGCAAGAAGUAUGGGAAAAUCUUCAAGUCCCACUUUGGACCACAACUGGUGGUCUCCAUCGCAGACCGAGACCUGGUGGCUCAGGUGCUGCGGGCCGAGGGCGUGGCCCCUCAGAGAGCCAACAUGGAGUCCUGGAAGGAGUACAGGGACAUGAGGGGACGCUCCACAGGCCUCAUCUCGGCGGAGGGCGACCACUGGUUGAAAAUGCGAAGCGUCCUGAGGCAACUCAUCAUGAGACCCCGCGACGUGGCGGUCUUCUCCGACGACAUCAACCAGGUGGUGGACGACCUGGUCCAGAGACUUUGUAUCCUGCGCAGCCAGGAGGCGGACGGAGUGACCGUGGUCAACGUCAACGACCUCUUCUUCAAGUACGCCAUGGAAGGCAUCGCGGCCAUUUUGUACGAGUGUCGCCUCGGCUGUCUGCAGAACCAGAUUCCCCAGGAAACUCAAAACUACAUCGACGCGCUGCACCUCAUGUUCAGCUCCUUCAAGACCACCAUGUACGCCGGAGCCAUCCCCAAGUGGCUGCGGCCCAUCAUCCCCAAACCUUGGGAGGAGUUCUGCUUCUCCUGGGACGGCCUCUUCAAAUUCAGCGUCCUUCACAUCCAGGAGAGGCUGGCUGAGAUCAAGGUGCAGCUGGAGCGCGGGGAGGAAGUGAAGGGAGGCCUGCUGACUCACAUGCUGCUCACCCAGGAGAUGAGCAUGGAGGAAAUCUACGCCAACGCCACGGAGAUGUUACUGGCGGGCGUCGACACCACCUCCUUCACCCUGUCCUGGGCCAGCUACCUGCUGGCCAGACACCCUGAGAUCCAGGAGCAGAUCUACACGGAGGUGGAGAGGACUUUGGGCCCUCGAGCUGUCGCCACGGCCGACGACGUUCCUCGUCUGCCUCUGAUCAGAGGCCUGGUCAAAGAGACUCUCAGGCUUUUCCCAGUCCUCCCUGGCAAUGGGCGGAUUACCCAGGACGACUUGGUGGUGGGCGGAUACUUCAUCCCCAAAGGGACCCAGUUGGCCCUGUGUCACUACUCCACUUCCCUGGAAGAGGAGAACUUCGCCGACGCCUUGGACUUCCGGCCGGACCGCUGGAUUCGGAAGGACUCCUCGGAUCGCGUGGACAACUUCGGCUCCAUUCCCUUCGGCUACGGCAUCAGGAGUUGCAUCGGCAGGAGGAUAGCGGAGUUGGAGAUGCACCUGGUCCUGACCCGGCUGGUUCAGAGGUUCCACAUCGGCACGCCCGCGCUCUCAGCCCACGUCAAGGCCAAAACGCACGGUCUCCUGUGCCCUGCAGACCCCAUCCACCUGCAGUUCACCGACAGGAAAAACUAGGGAGGGAUCUUCUUCGUAUUCUGAAGUACUGUACUGUUCGUGUAUGACUAAGUUGUUUUUGUGGGAACUCAACCUUCUGUUUUACUGAGGUUUUACUCAGACUUGGUGUAGCAAUGAAGACAAUACCGGACCAAUAAAGUCAAAUUGUUGUUUUUA